UUUGAAUUUGGAUUUUUAUUAAAAAAAAUUACAUGAUGUUUUUCUUUUCGUUUUUUACAAAUGGUGCAAAAAUCUAAAGGUGUUUGAGUUUCCCAGACAAGAUAGUCACAAAGCUAUACUGUAAAAAAAGGGAAAAAAGAAAGGACAAAGCCAACAACUGUAUACUGGCAACAACAUAACGUGGCUAACCCCGAAUUUUGCGCCACAAUUUUUGUCCAGAUGAUGCGCAUUUGGAAACUCACGCGCCGUUCGCAACGACUAUUCACGUGAAUGACGACGCGCUUUUCCCGAAAUCCAUCGUCGCCGGAAUCGCCGAAUAUCUCGAGGACACGUCACGGGCAGCCUGAUCGUCCGCCAAAUCACCGCCGUGCGCCGAUCCGUCGUCGAAAUUGAGAGCGUAACUCACCGCGUCGUAAUGGAACUUGCAGGGCCUUGUGCGGCGCUUAUUGAAUCGGCGGAUGAAUGUCUUCCAUUUGGGACCGGCGACGAGCUCCGACCACUCCCGGACUCGCUUGAAAGCCUUCACCCCCUUGGUGAGCCACGUACUGAUCUCCUCCUUCUGACUUUCCGACGUUUGGAUCCGCUCCCAGACGCUGCUGGAUCGGCGGCCGAAACAGGGGAGCCAGAAACCGCAGCCCCUUCCCUGAAGCGCCGGUUCCUUCGAAUACUCAUUCGCGGCGGCGGCACCUUGCGGCACGAACUCUGGUGCGUUACUAUGGACUUCCAUUUUCAUUCAGCAAUACCCUAAAAGGCUAAAUAUUAAUUGCAGAUUCGUUACGAAUCGAAAGCCCUAACUCUCUGAAUGAGGACUUUUCGAUUCGUUUACGGGAAGCGGAACAAAUAUAGGGGAGCCUGAUGGUUCCCGGCACUGGCAGUAUUAUAUACUCCGUGUAACGGAGAGAACUGCCAGAAUGGC